AUGGUGGAAUCCGUGGGCUCUGCAGAGCCUUUCAUCGGCUUGAGGCUCGGCAAGAGGACAUAUUUUGAAGAUGUCUGCCCCGAGAACCUCGGGAAGAACGCAUCCUUCUCUUCGGAUCCCGCCGCCUCCUCACCCAAAGUGAAGAGGUGCCGGGCGUCGCAGCAGGGCGAGCAGAUUUCUCGCUGCCAAGUGGAAGGCUGCGACCUCGACCUCACCUCCGCCAAGAAUUACCACCGCAAGCACCGUGUCUGUGAAAGCCAUUCCAAAUGUCCCAAGGUCAUCGUUGCAGGACGGGAAUGCCGUUUCUGCCAGCAGUGCAGCAGGUGAAACAUCCAUCUCGGAAGUUUGAUUGAUUCGUCGAUAAAUUCUGCACUGCGUCUGGCCCUCAAUUCCCCUCCUCACUGCUUGGGUGGAGUGCAUAAAAUCGACGAUUCCCUCGGCCUUUGUUUAUCAUCCUUCAAAGUACAUUUUUGGAUAUUGAGUCGUGAUUGCCAUCUCGCUGGCGCAUCCUGUUCAGAUUUCCUUUUUAUUUUUGCGGACAUUUGGGUUUCUGAUAACGACUGUUCUCCCCUCGUCUUUGCCGACUAUUUCAAGGUUCCAUCACUUAUCCGAGUUCGAUCAGAAGAAGCGUAGCUGUCGCAGGCGGCUGUCUGAUCAUAACGCUCGUCGUCGCAAGCCCCCCGCAAGCACGAGGGUCUCAUCAUCGUACUAUGGUACGCAUCUCCGCUAUUCGUUUGCCCUAAAUCAUCUUCGAUUGCCUCGGUCCCUCGUCCUGGGUCUCCUUCCUCCUCCGUGCUCUGCAAACUUGACGCGGGGCUUGACUUGGACUGGGCGACUGCAAUCGUGGGAUCCUUCCCAUCCGCUGGGCCCGAAUGCUCAUUGCUUAUCCGUGCGAGGAAUUCACCUGCUUUCAACCCCCAGAAAUCAUCCCUGUCUGACGUCUACCUUCUGAAAUCUGUCGUUCCCUGAUGGUUCAUCACAUAAAAACUAGAGUCCCUCCACUGCAAAAGCCCCAAGAGUUUGCCCACAAAAGCCGGAGCCAAAGUGACCGAAUCUUCUGCGGGCGUCCACAUGCAGAGAGAAGGGUCUCCCUUCCCUCCCCGCCCUCUUAAUCUUGUUUCAGCUUCCCAUCUGCUUUGGCAAGUGUCAGCUCGCUCAGUGCACUGGAUGUACUGCCUCAUUUUCGUGACUUCCCCUUUACUUUUCCUCACCUGCAUAUACAUUGUGUGCUGUUUUCAUUGCUGGAGCAGAUCAUAGGCUGCAAAUGGACCCUCUGCUGAGUCAAUCCCCUUUCAGUGGGGUGGGCACGACCAAUCCCCUGUGGGAGAGCUCAUUUGACAUCAACCUCAUGCAAGCCAAGGGCUCGUCGGUGAGGCUGAUUAAGGCAGGGGGCCUCAACGUGCAGCCACAUUUCCCCACAAAUGGCUCGUUGAUGGCUGUUUCCACGCCUCACCACAAUUUCCGUCAGCUCUUGCCAUUCAAGAGCACCACAACGCAAGUACUCAAUCAAGGUGAUUCUACUUCUCCCUUUGCCGCCACCACCAUAUAGCCUGGUGGAGCCUUUUUCUGCUCGGUGUUCAUGCCCUAAUGUCCUAGUUCUACCGUACAUUUUUAUCCAAAUAUGGAAUUUCUUACUGGUGGGAUCAGUCUUGAUAAUCUUGGGAAGGUUCACCACGUUGAAUUAUGCAACGUGGGAGAUGACACUGAUGUAGCCUGGCUGCCACUCCACUAGCAGUAGGAAUGCAAGCAGCUUGAUUUUCGCUGAGUUCCCUGAAGAUGGCAUUGUUUCGUAGCCAUCAUCUUGUUUUCUUUUUUGAACUCCUUCUCUGGCCCUCUGACUGGCUCAUAACCCUCCUAAAAAAAAAAUGAAUUUCAUGUUCGAUUUUCCUCUUUAAGCAAACUAACAUCCCGAUAAUGCAUGCAUUGAACCUGCACUAAUUACAUGACCCAUUUCUCAAACUAUCUGGCCUCAGCGUUGAUGUCCAUUGCAGGUCUGGAGGCUACCUCUGAUGCUUCCAACUUGGAUGGAGCCCCGGAUUUUCGGCGUGCUCUCUCUCUUCUGUCAACUAACUCCUGCGGUUCGGCAGACCCCGGUGAGGCCUCUCCUAUUGAUCUUUUUGCUCACCUGAAUAAUGCCGGUACAGUCGGGCCCCCGAUGCAUCUGCCCUUCAUGAGCUCGGGCUUCUGGCAAGUGGACCAAGCCCCGCCCCAUUAA